AUGGCGUCGACAGAGUCCGAAUCGAAGCGUCGCCGCAUCUCUCUGGAAGAGUCCCGGCCUCAGCCAUCCGUGGUUGUAUCCUCCUCACCCACAGGAGUCCACCCUGCUGAUGACCCUGCAGCAGUGUCCGUUGUAGCCCCAAAAUUAGACGAGAUUCCUCAGCUGCUGUUUGUGGAACUUCACAAGGACAGACCAGAAAGUGUUGUUGAAGCUUUGAAGCGAAUCAGUGAUCUGUUCUUGGUUCAAGAUGAUAACAAUAAGCAUGACCCAGCUAUUAAGAAUUGGGAGAAAACACAUUACCUUGGACCCAUCAGCUUUGUGGUUGUCACCAUGAACAAAUGGUCCACAAACCAUGAUGUCCAACUCUGGUCAUGCGGCGCCCUCUGUAACCUUUUGAGUGUUAAGAAGUCCAGCACUGCAAUGCUCUCUAUGGCUAAAUCUGGAGGCGUUGAAGCUGUCAUCGGUGCCAUGAAAACCUUCCCCCAGUCAGACGACUUACAAAUGGAUGCCUGCAUGGCCCUUGGUAACACAUUUUUUAAUGUGACCAAAAGGCACAAAAUUGUACAAGACUGUGCUGCUCGCUUUGUGGAAGAACUCGAAGGUGUAGCUCUCAUGCUCGGAGUCAUGAAACAAUUUCCUGAUGAUGAGGAACUCCUGAACAACUGCUGUUGGUUAUUCGACAGUCUGGCUACUUGCUUCCCACAGCAUCAUGGGAUGUUCAUUGACGCUGGAGUUGUGGAAGUUGUUGCCUCAGUCCAAAAGAGGUAUUCUGGCAAUGAAACACUGAAACAAGCUACAAAAGAGUUCAUGUCCACAAUGUUCUCGUGA